CCCAGCGCCGCCCGUUGGGGCGGGGCGGGCCCUAAGAUGGCGGCGCGGCGGCAGGGGCGGCCAUGAAGCUGAUCAUCCAGGAGACGUACGCCCAGGCCAGCGAGUGGGCGGCCAAGUACAUCCGCAACCGCAUCGUCCACUUCGCGCCCGGCCCCGGCCGCUUCUUCACGCUGGGGCUGCCCACAGGCAGCACGCCGCUGGGAUGCUACCAGAAGCUGGUGGAGUACCACAAGAACGGGGACCUGUCCUUCAAGUACGUGAAGACCUUCAACAUGGACGAGUACGUGGGUCUCCCAAGGGAUCAUCCGGAAAGUUACCACUCCUUCAUGUGGAAUAACUUCUUUAAGCAUAUUGACAUCUUGGCCGAAAACGUUCACAUUUUGGAUGGAAAUGCGGCUGAUCUACAGGCAGAGUGUGACGCAUUUGAAGAUAAAAUCAAAGCAGCUGGAGGAAUUGAACUCUUCGUUGGAGGUAUUGGCCCGGACGGUCACAUCGCCUUCAAUGAGCCCGGAUCAAGUUUGGUGUCCAGGACACGAGUGAAGACGUUGGCUAUGGACACUAUAUUGGCUAAUGCCAGGUUUUUUGAUGGUGACCUCUCUAAAGUCCCCACGAUGGCGUUGACAGUCGGAGUAGGCACAGUCAUGGACGCCAGAGAGGUGAUGAUUCUCAUCACAGGAGCCCACAAAGCCUUUGCUUUGUACAAGGCCAUCGAGGAAGGUGUCAACCACAUGUGGACAGUAUCUGCUUUCCAGCAGCACCCCAAAACCGUGUUUGUGUGCGAUGAAGAUGCCACACUGGAACUCAAAGUUAAGACGGUGAAAUACUUCAAAGGUUUAAUGCUGGUUCAUAACAAGCUUGUGGAACCCUUAUACAGCAUGAAGGAGACAGAAGCAGAAAGAAGCCAGUCUAAGAAGCCUUACAGCGAUUAAUCUCUCACUGUUCAGAGUCAUGCUGAGCCAUCUUUUCUAUUGAAAACCAGCUGCAAAGAAAGGGAAUUGCUGCAGAACCUCAUCUUGUAUUUGUUCUUAAAAUAGCAAAAUGAUGUACUUGCUUCUCUCCAUUAAAAACAUAGAUGCCAAACACCUGCCUUAAUUAACCAAAUGAGGAUGUGAUCCUGUAUACUGUGUUCCACAAACUUUCACCCCUAACAUUCUCUGAAGGUAAAAUCAAGGGAGAAUGAGUUGUUUAAUCAAUGAUGCAACUGUAAGCAUGUGGACUGAAGGCCUCAAAACUCAAAUGUGAAGAUGUGAAAAUACAGUGGGUAAUCACUUUGGAGCGUAUUCCUUGAAAUUCUGAUAAAUACAUUGCGUCAUUCCCCCUCUACAAAAUACUCCUAGACUAUAAUCAUGUAAAAUGGGAAUGGUUCUUGUUCAGCCUGGAGAAGGUAAAGUAUCAGCAGGACUUAACAGCAGCCUGCUUCAUAGCUGUGAGGUCGUCAAGAAGUAGAAACCAGGCGCUCCUCUGCAGCGCGCUGGGGGAAGAUGGGAAGAGACAACAGGGCGUGAGUUGAAACAAGAUGUUCACGUUGGAUAUAAGGAAAAAAUUUCCCUGUGAGGACACUCCAAGCAGCGGGGCAGGUUAUGCAGAGAGGUGGUGCAGUCUCUGUCCUUAAGAGGUUUUCAAGACCGGACUGGAUACAGCCCUGGCUGAACCCCGCUUUGAGCUGGAUGUUGGACGUGAGACCAUCUCAGCAAGAGGGAUGCUUCCAACAGCAUUCACCCGUGCGGUGCCAUUAACGCAGGUAAUGGUGAGCUCAUGCAUCUGUUUAUUUGUUGCCACAACUCUAAAAGAAGCCUUACAUGUUCGGUUUCAGGGCAUAAUUUUAUAUGCACUGGUGCUUUAUGGUCUACAGCAGGGUAGAUCUGUUCACAUUAAGCGUAAAUGACUUCAGUUUGUGCUGCUCAGCACUCCAUCAUUUGUCAGCGCAGAGCCUGAAGCAGUAAAUUCUCUCUGUCCUCUUCCUGUACUUUACAUUGCUACAAGGAAAUGCCAAAUGAGCCUCAAAGGAAACAUUCUGUUCCCUCUGACCUCAGCCUGUGCUUAAUUACAGAAGCCCCACAGAGAGGGGAAACAGCCUGUACUGGCAAGACCCCGCCGUUCUGAAACUUGAUUCUCAGUUGUGAUAUGUUAAGUGCUCUCAUGAAAUGUAAGAUAAACGGGGAAGGAUUUGUUUUCUUUAGGCAAAAAUUCUGUGACCUGUUAAUCUAUAGCCUUCUACAGUAAAUACAUUAAUUUUUUCUAGUUGACUGGAUGUGCUGCUCAGUUUUACUGCGCUAGCGAAAAAUGGAACAACGUAUGUGGCUGAAUGGGAUGUGUAAUGCCAUCUCUGAGCAACAGCAACAAAAGCUUCAAGGCCUAAGAAAGAGCUGUUACUUUGAACAAGAUUUUCUGUUACGUAGAACCAAGGCUGUACUGAAAGCAGUUUGGGAGAAAGAGUUAGUGCUGCUCCAUACCUUAAGGACUUCCCCUCCUGGGCCGGUGUUUACUGGCAGGCUUUCCAUAAGGCUGGCCCACCAGGCAGCAGCCAUCUCUUUUUUUUUUAAAGGGAAUUUCUUUAGGUAACCAGAGGAGGUCCCAGGUAUCCAAAGGUGUUUCCCUACAGGCUUUAUGACAACCACCACGCAUCACGUAAGGGCUUGUAGCUCGCACAAAAACAGAUCCCCUCGCUCCGAGGGUACUUUGCGUACACAGACCUGCAAGCUUCUACCAGCAGGAUGCUUCAUGCCUCAGCCUCGCUUAGUUUUGCACAAGCCCAGGCCGGGUGCGUUGCUCUACAGAGACCACGUGAGAGCGACUCAGCACAAGCCCCAGAGCUGAUCACCACCCAGAAGCACACCAGGGUGCCCCACACGGACCUCUGCUUAGAUCUAUGUGCCAUAAUGAAGACAAACAGGGAGACAACUCCGUUUACUGUCUUAAAGUGAAUUUAGUGCAUGUGAAAGGUGCAGGAAAUACAAGUUAAACCAUACACAAUGUAAACUUUCCCUAUGCACUGCCCUGACGCCUAAACCAAGAUGAGAUCCACUGUUCCUCUCUAACCCUUUUAAUCACUGCCAAGUCUAGUAGACUUCCAGCCUCUGCAAAAGGAACUAAACCAACACUCAUUUUGGCCAGAUAUCUAAGUAAAAUUUAUUUACUAUCAAAAUUGAGUGAGAGGUGUUCACUUUGAGUUUCUGAAAAAUUUUCAAGCUCCUGAGCUAUCCAUCCAGACCCUGCUAUUUGUUUUAAACACAGCACAUGCAGUUUUAAUUUCAAAAUAAAUUUUUAGACCAUUCUGCAAGUGGAAAAAAACUCCUGAAAAAUUAGUGGUUCCCUCCAAUAAUUACUUUCAUGCUCCCAAAACUACUUACUGAGCUUUUUGGGGAAAAAUGGGGUUUUGAAAUAUUUUGAAAGGCAAGAACAGUGGAAAUAAGGGAUCUAGUUCAGAGGAAAAAAACCUAUCAACUAAUCAAAUUCCUUACAUGAAGACUUUUUAAAAAAUAAGUUACUUCAUCUGGUGAGAGAAACAAGGUAAUUUUCAGUAUCUUGAAGAAUUCAAAUUAAUCCUGCGUAUCCAUAAAAAUGUGUUUCAGUAUUUGACAUACUUUCAUCCUCUCACUGGCCAGACUCAGUUCCUUGCUUUAGCACUCACCACAGGCAACGUAAGUUAAGAGGACAGCAAUGCAGAGCAGUCAUCGGGUCGAUACACAUUUCAGGAAAUGGUUGUUGGUCAUUUUCUGCCAAAACAUUCAGUAAAGGGCCCAGGCAUUACAGCCAGUAAGAGGGGGUGUUAUGGAUAAUCAGCUUUACCGCUGUUAGAACUCUCAGUGACAGAGCAAUGAGCUGCUUUCAAAGAAACAGGUCAAGAAAUGCUAUGGAAGCAAUGGGCUCAGUCACUGACUACAGGAAAAAUUCCUGUGUUGUUUCAGAAAGCUUUCCCUCUCCAAGCGGCUUAACUAAAUAGCUCCAGAAAGAGCACUGCAGCUAGAGCAAAACUGCCUUGAAAACCCAGGGGUACUAGCCAAGAUCCUUGAAAGCUCAGUCUCCCUGAAGAAAACUCCAAAAUAUUUCUAUGAUUUGGGGGUUUGGUUUGGUUUUGAAAGAGUAGCAUCUCUUGAUACAGAUUUUCCCAUUUAUUUUCAAACUUCUGUCUGGCUGCAUCUGCUUUAGCACUGGAUGUGAUUACUAGGGACUUUCAGUGGUGACCCUGUCCACCAGAUGGGUAAAACGGUCUCCUUUGGUUCUGACAACAGCCUCUGAAGAGUUGUACGAGAUUCCUGUAGCGCAAGGUAGCAUCAUUCUUCUAUCACACAAUGGUACUGAAAAAUCAAACAGACUGGACACAAGAACGGAAAGCAUCUGUCUCUGGUUUCUUCCGCUUUUGCUGCUAGAGAAGGCUCCUAGUCUUCAUCUUCACCUUCCCAGAACUCACCAUCAAUAUGCAUAGCUUGAAACAAUCUGCAGCACAGUCAAGAAUUUACAUCAGGACGGAAAAUGUAAAAUUUGAAGAAAGAAAAAAAGUGUCAAAAAUACAAAAACAGCUCACAAUUUUUAUACCAUAAAACACUCAUUUUAACCAACUUUGAGGACCGCAGCAGAAGCUACUUUGCGCUUCUACAGCACUUUAUAUCAGAAGGUCUUACAACACCUUACAAACCUGAUGUUUCAGGAACUCCUUGAAAAUACCAACAAUCCAAGCUGUAUUGAAAGUUAUCUACUGCUCUGCAAUUCCUACUUGGGUUAAGCAGUAUGUAAUUAUCAGCCAAGCCUGCCUGCUCCAAACAGCUGACAAUCCUACCGGAUAAUACAGAGCUGGACAAACAAUUAUGAAUAUAAGUGGGGGGAACAAAAGGGAAAAAAAUGUUUUUUUGUAAAACCGAUCAUCUUUGUCAAGAGAGCUAGAAGUGACGCUAAACUGAAAGAAAAAAAGAGCAAGAGACACUGGGAGAAAUAUAAAAUGAAAAUGGGGUACGAAGGGAAAAAAAUGCUGUUGGGAGAAAAAAAGCGCUGAAAAAGAGUCUUGUUCAAGAGCCAGAAAACAAUCCUGUCAGCCACAUUUAUUUAAAAAAAAAUAAAAAGCAGAGUAAGUGGUGGAGCAUUGAGCAAAACGCUGGUAUUUUGAUGUCUGUAUGCAGACCCCUGUAUGUCGCGGUGAUGGGCCCUAACACAGUGGAAUACACACAAGCUUCCUACUGCCACCACACCUCUGUUCUGCCGGCCCUUUCGUUUGUCCAGACAGCAGCAACGCCCCCUGUCUCUUGAUAUAUCCCUAACAGUGAUGAAGUAAACCAAGUCUACAGCUUUUUAGAAGCAACUUUCUUGCCCAAAUCCUUGUGUUGCACUAUCACAUGCUCAAGCAUCUGCACGGAAACAUUUCAGUACAAGCUGUCUCUCAGAGGCAGCAAGUACAGCAUCAGGAGUAGGCCCAGAAGACUCCUCCAAAAUAUUAAAACGGAAACUCAAGAAAACCAAAAUAGCUCCUGAUUUUUUUUCUUCUUGUUGUCAGAUCCUUUUAGGUGCAAAUAUAAGAAAUCGUAUCUUAAACCGUAUAGCUACAAAUUCCAAGAUAAGAAUAAUUUAGGAGAGACAAAAAAAUACUUGAGUGGUAGAGCACGAGAAGUAACACAUGUCAAUACGUACCGGUUAAAGCACGGGGAAGAUGGAUCAUUGAAGUGCCUGUAUGGGUUCACCCUUGACAGAGAACCCAUACAAAGCCAGCAGAAGUACUGCAUGCAGCCAGUACACGUCAUUUUGUUACAACCAUCUAGUUUCUGGCAGGGAAAAGAAACAAGAAAUAGCAAUAACAAAAUCCUACCACAUCAGUCUUCAGGCCUGGCAGUGGAGGACACCAGUCCUCCAACGGCAUCAGCUUACAAUUGCAUUUCACCCUUACUCUGUAAUAAGGCAGAUAUUUUUUCACUAUUCAGGUGAACUAAGAGCUAGAAUCAAGAACUGUAAAUCAGUUCUGCUACUAACAAUAGUGGAAAUUACUAUUUUUCUGAAGCUGUUUAUUUACCAGUUGUAGUCUGAAACAGCAGUCUGAAACAAGUGGAAAACAAAGGAACGCAUAUGGAUGUUGAGUCAACCUGGAUCUUUUCAGUACUGGAGACCGAACACCGUCAACUGCUGCAUUUACUCAAGUCUCCGAGCUCUAGAAACAUGAUCGCCUCUUCUGUGUAUCGCAGACAGAAGUGGAAAAUUCUUUUACCACUUGCUAGAAAUUUACCUUCCCUGGUGAACUUGGACACUAGGAGUAAAUCUCUGAUCUCUUCUAAAUAUAGAACCUACUUAACAAUUUAUGCUGGUUGCCAUUAGGAGUUACUCUGAUUCUUCAGCCCUUCCCCGCCACGCUCACCUCUAUAGGAGUACCACAGCAAGGACAAGACUUGGAGUUCUUCUCUAGCCAUUCUUUACUCUCCAUCUCCUCAAGGGCUUUCUGAAUCACUCGCUUGCCGUAGCGCUGUUCCAAAAAUCUUUUAGUUGCCUCAUCCGCUUCUAAAUAUUCAUUACGCAAAUCCAUCAAUUUCUCUGAGGAGUAAAACAACAAAAAAGCUUUUGUACUACGUUAUACAAAAAAGUCAAAGGAAACUUAACGUAAUUAAAAAGCAAGUAAAACAUUAGAAUACAUAAGAAAAAUAGGAGAAUAUUAAAACCCCUCUGUCUUAGAAUUCAACUGGUUUACAGUGUUUCAUCACAAAAGAGAACAAUUGAUGAAAUUAGAACAGGUCUACAAUGUAAAAUGAACGGAAAAACAGAAAUAUUUCUCCUGAACACACAUUUAAUGCAACUUUGUCACAUUUUUAAGGCAGAACAGACAAGAAGCAUUCACCUGAUCCAACAUCAACUCUGACAAUAGAGAGAAGUGGAUUCACAAGAAAGGAUGAAAAAGGACACACAAAAUUAUUCUUCCCUUGCUAUGGCCUCUCUGAAUCUGGCAGUCAGCAGUUUAGGGACUUUGUGAGUCAGGGAGCAUCAUGAAAGCAACACUUUUUAAUUGCCAGCAGCAGACCUAUUCCAAAUGAAUCCAUCUCAGCUGACACGGUGAUGAGUUUCCUCGUUUAAUUCCUGACUCUGAGCCUUUUCCACACAACACCUAACUGCUUCUCGAUCCAUUUCGGAAAUGCGAUGACUCACCUGCAGUUACUUUACACGGUGAGACCCCGUGGUAAGUCAUUUUACAGAGAGUACAAAAAGCAUAGUUGCAACGGGAACAUAUGCCCAUGGUGCAACCUGGUUCUUGCAUGACCGGUGUCUGACAGCCUGGGCGAGGGCAAUACACUACAUCUGCCAUCAAGUCCAAGCUAGACUGCAGAAGCAGGCGGUCAUAACGUGCAAACAAUUGCUCUCCAACCAACUCUUUAACCUAAGCAAAGAGCAAAGAAAGAUUAUGUGCAUUUGAAAUUCUAAGUUUGCUAGCUUUGGCAGAAAAAGGUAAUUUGAUGAAAAAGUACCUACAGCUGGGAUGAGUUCCCUUUAUAUUCUCCAAUACAGGCCAAGAAAUUACUCCUAGAAAGGCUAUUUUAGGAACAGUUAAAUAAUCAAAUGAAAAACAUGCAGCAUCAAGUGCAAUGGGACAUUAAUUCAGGCCUCUGACCAACGCCAGUACUAACACAGUGGGCAAAAUGUGCCGUGCUACCCAGCUUUAACAAGGGUGCCUCUGUGUGGCUCAGAAGGUGAAAACAAAAUUCCCCAGGUGUAUUCCCAGUGCUCACCAUCCAAAGGCGCACCUUGUCGCCUGCAGUUACUGGUCAGUUAGCAGAACUCCACCAGCACUGCCUGCACACUUGCAUUACCUGGCCAGGAGUAGCGACAGAAGAACACUUCGGCUCGGGGCAGUUGAGGCAGUGGACCUGACCAUCCCUGAUCUGUAUUUCAAAGUAGUCCUUCAGGCAGGCUUUGCAGUAGACGUGGCUGCACUCGGUGAAGUACAUACAUUCACUGCCCAGCUUCUCACAGAAGCAGAUAUUGCACAAGUACAUCUUACUGUUAAAGCACUUUCUUCUCUGAGCCUGAUCAAAGUCCAAGAUCUCCCUAAUCAGGCUUGAUAAAGAUUCCACAUCCUGCACAGCUCGUUCAUCGAUGAUGUCUUCAUCAGCUGCUGCAGAGCCUGCUGCACCACCACAAUCCUUCUCAGCGUCUAGAGGGACCAAAGGUGUCCUACUCUGCGCACUCCCUUGAUGGCACAUUUUUAGCUCAUAUGGGGAGGAAAUGUUCAGGUAACUCAGUGUUUCUUCCUUCAGAAACUGCAUCCAGGCAAACAAAACCACACAGCCUCGAUUCUCUUCCCAUACGUUGUCUAAAUGCUUGCAAAGAGCACUGAGCUAGAAAAGAAAACCACAAUUUCAGAUUUCAGUAGGUUCUGACAACUCAUUACUGUUUUCCUCUCCCAUGGUCUUCCUUUAACGCAAAUUCACGAUUUCAAUUUCUGGAUUUUUCACGUAGACACAGAAGACAUAAAACUAUGCUCAAAGGUGCAGGCUUGCAACUCUCAGAAGGGCGACCAAAUAAAAACAGGUACCAAACAAAAGAGCCAACUGAAAGAGAGAGGUAACUGUGUAUGUCUUAAUUUUACUUUUAUCUACUACAUUAACAUUCACCAGAGCGCUGUUAAUUAUGAACUUACUUACGACCACGAAAUGGUCAAAAUGUUAGAAUUACUCUGCAAACCUGUGCUUGGGAGAGCCAUUUGCCACUGAGAGUAAAGGCAGGCGGGGAGGUUGAUGGGUAGUCUGGUGGGAGCUCAAAAUUCAGCACGAGGGGAGGCAGAAAGCAAACGGUGUAUUCAAACCCGUUCUUCUGGAGGCUGUCUGCGGAAUUGC